AAAGUGUAGUCUACGUUCAGGGCGCAGCAGUAUUAGUCGAGAUGAAGCGAGAAACGGUUAAUCCUCAUUCAUUGUGGUUCUGAAAGGUUUGAAAUGCAAAAAGUUGGAAUGAAUGGUUUAGGAUUCCAGUGGUUUGCUUCAAAAGAAAGAAAUUGUUAGUGAAAAAAGUUCGGAAUCCGUCGGAAUGGUUUACUGUUAGUGUUUUUUCCAUAGUCCUUCGAAUUCGAGACGUGAAAAUUCUUCGUGGCUACCGAAGGUGUUCACUAGGCAAAGGCAAAAAAAGUUACUGCCAACUUUGCUUCUAGAGUGAAAAAAUAGCUCGUAACGUAGUGUAAAUAUGGUUUUCUCCAGAAGAAAAUAUUGAAGGGCAAGAAAAUUGAGAUGGUCCUUGCAAAUUAUUCCGCAGUGGUUUAAAAAAUGUAAAAGGAAUAAACUGGUAGCGCUACUUGUGUGCUACUAGUUAGUGUCGCCUGCAAUAUGAGAUGUGUUGAAUGUGGGAUGCGUGAAAAGUGGAAAAGAUAAUGGGAUUAAAAGUGGAAAACUACAGUUUAAUGCGGUUACAAAACACAAAAUCUCAUUCAUUCAGAAAAUCAGCAACAGACAGAAGCACAACGUCUGAACCUUCGCAUUCGUCCUGGAAGAGUUGUUGUUUACUGUUCAAGAAUAAAUUAAAUUGUGCGUGGAAUUAAAUAUCGAAUCAGCUUCUUUUAGUGAACGUGCAUACAGUAAUUAAAAGUAAAAUUAUUAUUGGUGCUGUAUUAAGCUAUAAGUUGCAACAAGGAAAGUGUUGAUCAGUGCUUGUGUGGAAAAAAAUUAGAAAAAAUAUCAAAAGAAGUUAUUUAGAGUGAAAGUGUUUUCAUUUGCACAGAUGAGUGGUAAAAAUUGUGAGAAUAUGAAUAAAAAGAGGAUUACUCUAAGUCAAUGGAAAAUCUACGAAAGUAAUAGUACAUCGAAUAUCGCUUAAAGCUUGCAGAUAAAAACUCCUAUUCGAAAUGCCAGGAGGGAGACGGGGCCUCGUGGCUCCUCAAAACACAUUCCUGGAGAACAUCAUCCGCCGGUCUAAUUCGCAACCGGACAGUUCCUUUUUGUUGGCAAAUGCUCAAAUCGUCGAUUUUCCAAUCGUUUACUGCAAUGAGGCCUUCUGUAAAAUUAGCGGCUAUAACCGAGCGGAGGUUAUGCAAAAAUCAUGCAGGUGUGGCUUCAUGUACGGUGAGCUGACGGAGAAAGAAACGGUAGCGCGGGUGGAGUACUCGUUGGAACAUCAGCAGCAUGAUCAAUUCGAAGUUUUACUCUAUAAAAAGAAUAGUAAGUUGAAUUUAAAAACACCGCUAUGGCUCCUGCUGCAGGUGGCGCCCAUCCGGAACGAACGAGAUCUGGUCGUGCUCUUUUUGCUCACGUUUCGUGAUAUAACGGCUCUAAAACAGCCAAUUGACAGCGAGGAUACGAAGGGAGGACUGUCAAAAUUCGCCAAGCUGGCCCGUUCCGUAACCCGCAGCCGUCAAUUUAGUGCGCAUUUGCCUACGCUAAAGGAUCCUACAAAGCAAUCAAAUCUAGCUCAUAUGAUGUCAUUAAGUGCCGAUGUUAUGCCACAAUAUCGCCAGGAAGCGCCAAAAACACCGCCGCAUAUUUUACUGCAUUAUUGUGCAUUUAAAGCAAUCUGGGAUUGGGUGAUAUUGUGUUUAACGUUUUAUACAGCAAUUAUGGUACCAUACAAUGUAGCCUUCAAGAACAAAACAUCCGAGGAUGUGUCAUUACUAGUAGUUGAUUCGAUAGUCGAUGUAAUAUUUUUCAUAGAUAUCGUAUUAAAUUUCCACACAACUUUUGUUGGCCCUGGAGGAGAAGUGGUCAGCGAUCCGAAGGUUAUUCGCAUGAAUUAUUUGAAAUCAUGGUUCAUAAUUGAUUUACUCAGUUGUCUGCCCUACGACGUUUUCAACGCAUUCGACCACGAUGAAGAUGGCAUCGGAUCGCUGUUCAGUGCACUAAAAGUGGUGAGAUUGCUUCGGUUAGGACGCGUUGUUCGGAAACUAGAUCGAUACCUGGAGUAUGGAGCCGCUAUGUUAAUCCUACUAUUAUGCUUUUAUAUGUUAGUAGCCCACUGGUUGGCCUGCAUCUGGUACUCGAUUGGCCGCAGCGACGCAGACAAUGGGGUGCAGUACAGUUGGCUGUGGAAACUGGCGAAUGUCACCCAGAAUCCAUACUCAUACAUGUGGUCGAACGAAACUAACGCACCGGAAUUGGUCAAUGGGCCAUCGAGAAAAACGAUGUAUGUUACCGCACUGUACUUCACGAUGACAUGCAUGACAUCGGUUGGAUUCGGAAAUGUGGCCGCCGAGACGGACAACGAGAAGGUAUUCACUAUCUGCAUGAUGAUAAUUGCAGCUCUUCUGUACGCCACAAUUUUCGGUCACGUUACCACAAUUAUCCAGCAAAUGACAUCCGCCACCGCAAAGUACCACGAUAUGUUGAACAAUGUGCGUGAGUUUAUGAAGCUCCAUGAAGUUCCGAAGGCGCUAAGCGAACGGGUGAUGGAUUAUGUCGUGUCCACCUGGGCUAUGACGAAGGGAUUGGAUACGGACAAGGUUUUAAACUACUGCCCUAAAGACAUGAAGGCUGACAUUUGUGUGCACCUGAACCGAAAAGUGUUCAACGAACAUCCGGCGUUCAGACUGGCAUCAGAUGGUUGUUUACGAGCGCUGGCUAUGCACUUUUGUAUGUCACACUCCGCCCCAGGUGAUCUGUUGUACCAUACGGGUGAAAGUAUCGACAGUUUAUGUUUUAUUGUGACCGGAAGUCUCGAGGUGAUACAGGACGACGAAGUGGUUGCCAUUCUGGGCAAAGGCGAUGUUUUCGGUGAUUCCUUCUGGAAGGAUUCAGCGGUCGGGCAAAGCGCAGCCAACGUACGGGCGUUAACUUACUGUGAUUUACAUGCGAUAAAACGGGACAAACUACUUGAAGUAUUAGAUUUCUAUUCCAGUUUCGGAAAUAGUUUUGCGCGAAACUUAGUUUUGACGUAUAAUUUAAGGCAUCGAUUGAUAUUUAGAAAAGUGGCUGAUGUGCGAAGAGAAAAAGAAUUGGCGGAGCGACGGAAGAACGAACCACAGCUGGGUUCUAGCCAAGAUCACCUGGUAAGAAAAAUAUUUUCAAAAUUUAGGAGAGCUCAGCAAAAUGCACAAGGAUCAAAGGAACAAACUGGUUUCACUCAGAGCGACGUUGAAAAGGGAGACACAGAUACAGACAAAGGAAAGCUGCCAGCGAAGCUAACAUUAACCGAAGACUGUCGCGUCCUAACAACCGUCCCAUCGCCAUCUCCAUCACCAUCUCCCUCGUCGGGGCCACCGACAUCAAAAGGAGCUCGCGCCAGUAAAUGGGGAAGACUGCUCGGUAGUUCCAGUGUUGAUUCUGCCAGCGAUACUAGCACAAAGGUAGCUGUCUCCAGAAGUUUAAGCGCGCGUGAAAGUUUGCGUGAGAGUGCACAAGGUAGAGCCAGUAUUAGCUCAAGUAGUAAUGGUGGUCAAGGCAAUAAGAUUUUCCCCAAGACACCUAAGUUAUCAGCAGGCCCUGCAACGUUGGCUCGGCAGGAUACUAUUGACGAGGGAGGCGAAGGUGAUCAUACACCUAACCGAGAGAGGCCGAGUGUGGUGCAAAUGGAACGUGACGGUAGUAAGCCGCCAUCUUUGGAACGCCAGCCUACGGAGCGAGACCGUUUGCUGGACAGUACAAGUUCGACUAGAGAUCGUGAACGAGAAAUUCAACGAGAGCGAGAACGAGAACGCGAGCGUGAGCGGGAACGUGAACGAGAGCGAGAAAGGCAUAUGGAGCGAAAUUUAUCUCUUGAAAGAGAAAGACAAAUUGAGAUGGCACAAUCCAGAGCCACAACAUCUGAUACAUACGAUACAGGUUUGCGGGAACAGCCCUCGACGCUAGCGCAGCGUGAUUUGAUCGCAACCGUGUUAGACAUGAAAGUAGAUGUCCGCCUAGAAAUGCAGCGGAUGGCACAAAGAAUGAGUAAAAUCGAAGAACUGCUAAAUGAACUGAUCAGCCGAAUACAAAUCGAUUCGUCCGGACAAAGCUCACCCGGGGAUAUGACCGGAGCCAAUUUAGUACCGACGUCCAUCGCAAGCACAAACAACCCCAGUACCAGUGCCGCCCCAUCGACAAGCAAUCAAAAUCCGACAACUGCGAUAGUAACUUCCCCUCCACUAAUCCCAGGUGGCAACGGAUUGGGGCCCAUUCUGCUAAGAAAGCGACGGUCCAAAACCCGCAAAGCUCCUGCACCACCGAAACAAAGCCCCGAGCAAACCCGGUUGCUCGAGGCGGAGUCACCACCUUCAUCGUCAUCUACUAGAAAGCGCGAGUUUCUCUAGCCCCGGAUUCUUCUGCGUCAUCAGUCAGACAAAUCUAUUGAACAGUAGUUGUAGUUGGCCUAGAUACUCUUUUUGUGAUGUACGUGAUCUGUUUGAUGACGACGACGGACUGCUCAUAGGUAUUGCACAGCUGUUGAUUACUAUCUAGGUUUAACGGUAUUUGCACCAUCCCUUUUCUAUAGCAUCCUUCGAUAGUUUUAACCCUCCGGCACUCGCGCGAAGGGCUCCCCGAAUGAGCAGCCGAUGGAGUUUCUGAAAGUGUUGCAUCAAUUACAACGGCGCGAGUGCCGGAGGGUUAAUAUGAUGCGAUUUUUCUGAUUGAUUGAUUUAUCUUUCCUCGGAAUUUCGGGUUCAACUGGACAAUGCGUUGCUAUGGUGAUCUUUUUUAUAGAGAUUUUAGCCUCUUUUUCGGGUUAGAGAAAUCUCUUUAGAAAAAUCUCUAACCCUAUGUGCGGGGUUGGGAAUCGAUCCCAGGUAAGCUGCGUACACGCCAAUCAAUUUACCAAUUACGCUAUGCUCGCCCCCUGCGGUGAUGGUCUCUCCACUGCUUUCAUACAGUUACAAGUACAUUUAAGUUUCGCAAGGACGAAAUGACCCACCUUUGCAUAUUUAAGAUAAUUUAUAUUUAUUCAACUAGCAUGCUUUUUAUUAUUCGGCACUCUCAAUGACCGGACCUCUCCUAGCAGAGCCGAAAAUGAAGAAUAUUUUUAUCAUAUUAAUGAAUGGAUCCAGUGGGUUCUUGCUCCCAUGUCGUAUGAGAUGACUGAAAACAGGAGCCUCCAAGUCGAGGCGUAUCUUCAUGCCGAGGACUGAAUGGCUCGGCGGACAAAAUAUACCAUCCAGAGACGGAAUAUCAUGGAUCUCACUCUUUCUGUGUAAAGCGAACUCUCAGCUCUAACACAGUGGACGUUUGUUUCUUUAUGGUCAUGUCCCUCAUACGAAAUGGGUGCACCUUAGACUAUUGGUAUCUGUUGGUGUCAUGGUACAACUAUCUUCCAGCAGCUGUUCAAUAAGUGCGUAUGACGAAAUGUGCAGUGCUCUAAUCGACAAUGAUUUAUCUUCAGCAUAAACCGACAGUGACUAGCAAUCUGUUCUUCUUUGAGCAGAAUGGAAAAGAUUUGGUUCAAGAACCGUGUUUCCAUAAAACUAGCAACAAAAAUGGCAGUGGCAAAGUUUCCCCUAACAAAAAGAAUACUGAGUUUCUAUUCAUUAUCGGCAGUGAUGCAUAAUUUUGCGAAUGUCCGAUAUCAAUUUGAAAAGCUCUGAUUAAAUGGGAUUCUUAAGCAGCUCCGUGUCCAGUUCCAGCCAGAGCACGACAUCGUCCUUCGGGAGGAGUUUGUUAAUGAAGGCCGCAACUUGCGAUAGGAUGCUGGGCACCUCCCCGUUAACCGCAAGUUGCGAAGAACAGAAACUCGGCUCUGACAUUUGCUCCUCACUGAUUGCAAUUGUCAUCCACAAGGAGGCCUUCAUUAAGAACUUCUGUGGAUGAUGUAAUAUACGUUGCUGCUUACCUCUUUCCUGGAAGAUGUGAAAUAGCCCAUCCUCUUUCCAUUAUUUGGGAACACUUUAGCAGCCGCUUUUGGGCGGGUGCUUGCGCUUCCGACACGGCGGCUCUCGAUUUCAGAUUCCUGAUACAAAGACAAAUACUUUUGGGCUGUCUGGCCGGUCGCACCGUCUUGCCGACUCAAGGGGCGAGAGGAUUCCGUCAUCCUGCCUACCGUCCUUCGCUUCAGCGAUUGCUGCACCUUCCGGCUACACAAAUCAGUCGGAUGGCAGGAGCCCGACUUGUGCUCGAUGCUCUCACCUCUCGAGCACGAGCGUCAGGGUCGGGUAUAAGGGAGCUCAGCUACAUUUGGCCGACACAAAGUGGAUUACGAUGUGGCACCGGCAGUAAAUACAAACUCCAACAUAGUUUCUUUACUGCUUUCUGAAUGGCUGCCGUACACAAACUGACAGAGCUGUCAAUUUCUGUAUAUAGCCUACUGUUGACGAUUCACCGGUUGAUUCUCUACCAGGUGCCAGUAUAAUCACAUGAAAACUUCUUGCUAGAUAUUGUCACAUAUCCUAAUCCAAAACCUACGAACAGGGUACUCUAUGAAAAGGGCUUAAGUUUUAUGAGUAUUUUCGUACGAUGGAAUAUACAAGUAAUUCGGAUGAGUUCGUGGAUAAAACAAACUCACUUAUAGUAGCAGCAUAGGCUUGUCCGCUUCCUGUUAUGAGUGCUUCUUGGGGAGCCCUUGGUGGUAUGCCGAACUUGCCAUACUCAAAAAGGGGUGUAUCACAGAAUCGCAGACGCAAAGACGAGUCAGAGGUAUUUAAGUAGGCACAGUUUACAGAAAUGCCCUUCUUCUAGACGCUCGCAAGCCUCAACGACACUGAUAGAAUAUAUUCGUGAAUCGCUACGAAUUAGUUUCGUAUAGACAAUUUGCAUAAAAUAUACGAAUGUUUUGUACGUAUCAUUCGUAGUUAUAUUAAAACACUUUUAUUUUUUAUAACAAGUUUUUCGUAAAAACCACGAAACGACUUUAGUUGGCUUACUACGAAACGGCAUCAUUAGGCAAAGGAAUUGUUCGUUGCUAUAUCGUCGCUGUUGUGCUAUCUUAUGACAAACGCCAUUUUGGGGUAAACUGAGUUGGAUAUGCCACAUUUCUUGUCUAAAAAAUCUCUACAAAGUGGCAUUUUCAGAAUUUUGAUAUUCUGCUUGGUUACUGAGAUAUAGUGAGAAACAUGCUGAGAAAUUUUCAAUUUUUUGUUUCAAAUGACUGUGUGUGGGGAUUGGUUCAAGUUAUCUUGAUGUAUAAUAUGUAUUUAUGUGUAAAACCAUCUGAGCAAAACAAUAGCAUAAUCAUUUUCAAAACGAAAACACACGAAUUGUGAUAAAAAAUGCAGUUUAAGUUUUAAACUGGAAAUAUAGCAUAUUUGGCAACACUGUAUCCAAAAAUAACUAUUUACUCUAGAUUCCCUGACUCAUUUCAAAAUGCAACUAAAUAAAUCUGAAUAAAAGUUAAUAAUUAAUGAUUUAUUUCUAUGAAAAAUUUUCCAUGCACGAAUAUGACACACCAUACAAAUUUUGUCACCAAUACACACCUAUGACACGUGUGAGUGCGACUUUUGUUUACAUUUUUAUUAAAAACUCGCAACAUAGUUAACCUAUCUUCAUAAUAUUUGAGAGAUUAAUACAGAAUAGAUAGAAGCAUCAGUUGUCUUCUUUGAAUUGUUUAUACCAUUUAUAAGUUUCAAGAUAUUCAAUCUCAAACUUUAAAAAUCAUUUUUCUCGAAAUGUGUUAAAUGGCGCUUGUCAUAAGAUAGCACAACAGCGACGAUAUACAAAAGUCUUUAUAAUAUUUACGAGCACCAUUCGUCAAACCGUCAACGUCAAAAGAGCUUCAAUAGAGGUAGAAUAUGGUGUCAUUGAUACUAUACGUCAGAUAAUUGUUGAUCGUCACGACGGUUUCAGAAAGAUUUUGUGAACCGCUUUCCAGUUGAUCCGGAGCAGUACGGAUUCAGUCGGAUUCAGUUGAGCCAUCGCGAACUGUUCGUUGGUUUUGUAUGAAUAAAUUUGAGAAACCGAGCUCAUUCCCGAGAAAUGUUAAAAUAAUAUGCUAUUUAAUACGAAAACUUUUCUAAUAUGAACGAAAUGAAUUCGUGCGACCAACGAAAUCUUUCGUAAUAUACACAAACGUUUAUUAAAAUAAACGAAUCAUUUCGUUUCAUUCACGAAAAAUAAUAUCGUUGUCAACGAUAACAUUUGUGCAAUGUACACUAAAUAUGUAAAAUUUGCGAAAACGUUCGUUCACCAAGCGACCAUUCUUCAGUUCAUGAAAUGAACGAAACCUACUAUUUACAAUGCACGAAAAUACUUCGUUGCAGAAAACGACGAAUGAACCCGUGCACUGCACGAUCAACGUCACUAUAUUUACGAAUUUAUGUUUUCAGUUAAGGCUUAAGCCAAGACAUUUCAUCUAGAAUUUGUAACGGUGAACACUUGUCUGGCGAAUAUGAAAUACUUACUCAUUCUGAUACAUACUUUCAGGCAAUACGGAGCCAUCACCGACGCAUGCCCGUAAGUUAGUUUCAGCUAUGACAACCGAAUGUGAAUGCUUGAAUGUUUUGUGUCGUAUAAGUCUUCGACAAAAUAUGGGUAUAUUUUAGUUCUGCUUAGAAGAAAACAUGAACACAUAGGCAUAUUUCGAAAAGAGUUCUUACUGAGUCUUGCAAAAGAAUACAUUUCAUUGGCGUGGCGGGAAAUAAUCGAUAAAUUCAUUCUAAAAGUGUACCUAUGAGGAGGCAAAGAGCGAUCAGUCUGAUCUGUCUUUCUCAAAUCAGUGGAUCGCUUAAUCGCUGCAUUCGGGAUGUUAGUUUGAGCGAGCAACCGCUUCAUGUAAUAUAGGAUGGAUAUUAGCGGGGGAGUCCACUACCGCCCUGUUAAAUUACUUUGUCUAUUCAACUGGAAAAGCUUUUCUGCAGAAGUAAUCAAGCUUAGGAGUUAAAGGCGCUUUCGACAACGUGUCUUUCGAAUUCUGGAAGCAACAUGAGGCUAUGGAUUACCAUUAUAUAUUACAAACUGGAUACACGCAAUGCGUAGCAACCGACAAAUAGCGAUUAUGUAACUGCU